AAAGACAGAACUUCCAGCUGCUGAGGCCCUUUCAACUUCAACGUCGAGUGCACUAGUAAGAACCCAGGGAAAUAGGCCCCCAUGGCCCUGGCGCGGUCGCCGGCAAUUUCCCCCAGCUUUGCUCACGCGAUCUCAACUCCGACGGCUUCGUCUUACCUCCGUCUGAGAUGCAAUCUGCAGGAUAACUCCGGAAGUCUGAUACCAAAUUCCCAGAAUCUGCAGAUGUUUAUUCUGGGCAUGGGUUUCGUGGGACAAUUCUUUGCUGCUGAUUUGAAGAACAAAGGAUGGGUGGUGAGUGGGACCUGUACCAGCAUUCCUAAGAAAACGAAACUCGAACAAAUGGGAUUUGAUGCCUACAUCUUUGACGCAAAUGACCCUGAUCCGGAAGUCCUUGAUGUGAUACAACAUCACAGUCAUCUCGUUAUAUCAAUUCCUCCUGUUGCGGGUCUUGGUGAUCCUAUGCUUCAUCAUAAAGGGCUAUUGAAAAGUAAACUAAAACAAGGCAAUCUUAGGUGGCUUAGUUACUUGUCAUCAACUCGUGUAUAUGGAGAUAGUUGUGGUGCAUGGGUGGAUGAAGAUCAUCCUAUCAUUCCCACUAAUGAGUUGGCUAGAGCUAGAUUAGCUGCUGAGGAAGGAUGGUUAAGGUUUGGUCGUGAUCUGGACGUGGCAGUACAAAUAUUUCGACUCGGAGGUAUCUAUGGCCCUGGCAGAAGUGCCAUUGAUACCAUAAUUAAGCAGGAGCCACUGUCCACAAGUCAGAGAAUGCGAUCAUCGAGGCGUUACACGUCCAGGAUCCAUGUUGCUGACAUCUGCCAAGCACUCAAUGCCAGCAUAGAGAAACCAUCUGGAGGGAAAAUAUACAACAUUGUUGAUGAUGACCCUGCCCCACGGGUGGAAGUCUUUACAUUUGCACAGAAUUUGGUGAAGAGCAAGUGGCCAGACCAUGGACAACCACUCAUCAAUCCACUAAUAACAGACUCCCUCAUCCCAGAGGGAGGCUACAGCGAGGAGAAGCGAGUCUCGAAUAGCCGUAUGAAGGAAGAGCUGGGAGUGAAGCUGCUCCAUCCUACUUAUAGGUCAGGAUUGCAGGACAUAAUUCGACAUGUUGAGAGUCCAUUUGUCCACAAUCCGCCAAGUCCAUGAGAUUCUGUUGUUAAUAGCUGAAUAGAUUUGGCAGAGGCCAGGGCAUUGGUUUGUGGUAAUAGAACCAACUGGCGUUGAGAGGCAGGUAGGAAGCUGCAAAAAGCGACAAUAGAAAGCGCUGGAAAAGAGGUGCGGCGGGCAGCUUCGAGAACCACUGAAUGGAAUGAUGGCCAAUGGCGUGCCCGACUAAAACUAAAAGCACGGGAAUGGAGAACAUGGACGAGUUUCGACGGCUUCUGAGUUCUCAGGAUAAUCUUCCUUUGUUUUGCUGACAAGUGUUUACAAAUGAGUACACGUGUACCGCAUUCUCCUCCAGCUUGCAGCGCACCGUCGCUGCUUAGAAACGACAAAUGUAUAGCACGUAGCCGUCUAUAAAACUGUGAGUCCGUGACAACAAGAAGAGAAGUGGAAAGUGUCCUCUAGAACCUUUCUAUUCUUUUUUUUUUUUUUUUUGAAAAGUAGAACCUUUCUAUUCUUUUCCUCGCUGUUAAUGAAAACUCAUUUCUAUCCAAAAAAAAAAAAAAAAAAAA